AUGAGACCUUCACUCAUCGUGAGACUCCCCAUAGGCCAAAAGGCUCUUGCAGAGAUUACUGGAGUUUCCCAUGGCCUUGAAGUUCCAGACAGCGAGGACGAAGAGGAUAUCAUGCUUCCCGAUAAAGACAUCCAAGAGCAGCCAGAUAUCCCAGACGCCACGAACCAACCUGCAGUCCCCGUUCUAGAAGAGGUGCCAGACACCAUCGACAGCGUCUUCGGAGACGACGUGGCCGGCGUCGCAGAAGAAGUCGAUAGCGUUAUCGGGGAUGCCAACGACAGUAUCAUUGUUGCAAACAGUCGAUCCCAAGUACACGGAAACGAGAAAGCAUGCUAUCCUUCGUUAACGAUCAGGAAGCGCAAGCUGGAGGACAUUACGGGAGGAAGCGAUGGCGACGUGGUCGAGGAGAUGGACGGGCACGGUUGGCGGCAAGCUUCUUCGGGCCGAUGGCGAAGGAGGUAG